AUGGCCUCAGCUUUCGAGCAACCGGCACCUGCUGAAGUCCCAACAUCCAAGCCAGCGACGACCAAGCCUCAACGACGGCCAAAGAGACCUAAUUACAACCAUAUCCAUCGACACCUUCUCCCUCUCGAAGUUUAUCCUUUGCCCGUCCUCAUCCCUCACAAUCCGCUUUCACUAGUCGCAAUCGCCCUCUCGUACCUUGCUCAAGUUAUUGUCCCGCCACCUCGACCCACCUACGAUGGCUACUUUUCGUCAGCAACAUCAUCCAUACACGUAAGCGACCCAGACACAAUACGCAAGCUUUGGGAAAUGGGCUUCUUCGGUAGGGGGAGUCUCAGUCGGAGUGAGCCAAACUGGUUGGAGAACAGAAAGAAGAAGGGCAAGACGGCUGAGGAGAAUACUGCGGCGAGGCGCGAGCAGCGCAGGCAGCUGAAGCAUGAACGAGCGAGAAAAGAGCAGGAAGAGAUUGACCACAAGCUUUCCGAGGAAUCGCAGCAGGGUUAUACUGCCUUUGGCCAAAUAGACGGUACCAAUGGAAACACCACUGAUAUCAACGACCACAUCAACAGUAUUUCCAGGCUCAACGUUCUCAAGAGCAAUGUGCAGAAUAUAAGCAACAUUGAUGGAGUGCUUGAGUCGGCUAGCGGCACUGCCACGCCAACGCCUGAAGAUGACAAAGAAAACGGGUCGAUAGAAGGGUUCGAAGAGUGGAAAAAAGCUAUCGAGACGAAUGGGCUGCCGACGCCUCCACCGACUUCGACGUGUUCAGAGACCAGUCUAGCUGACGCCCGACCAGUGGAGCGCUUACGACGAGCCAAAACAGUUCACUUCUCGCCGACUGUCGAGGCUAGAGAAUUCGAUCUGACCUCUCCGGUAAUCUCACCCAUCAAGUCCCCGGGUACGUCGCCACUGGAAGAUGCGAAGCCGGUACCAGAAGCCCCCAUUGAGCAACAAAAUCAAGAGCAUUUGAGCAUAUCCCUAGAAGAAGCUUUUUUCCUCUCUUACGGCUUGGGUGUGCUCAACGUAUAUUGUGAUGACAGCACGACCGUCCUGCCACCAACGUCGCUUCUUUCACUAUUCCGGAGACACUCAUAUCAUCCGCCACGGUCACUUUCCCUGCCCGCUGAGCCAGACGACCCUUUCAUGAUCUCAUACGCUGUCUACCACCAUUACCGCUCUCUGGGUUGGGUUGUGCGCUCUGGGGUGAAAUUCUCCACAGAUUACCUUUUAUAUAACCGCGGGCCCGCGUUUUAUCACGCCGAGUUCGCAGUCGUCAUUAUUCCUUCAUACACACAUCGAUAUUGGACCGAGUCAACCACGGCCGAAGAGAGGAAAGCGAUCGAAAGGAAGACGAGCAAGAAGAACUGGUGGUGGCUGCAUGGCGUAAAUCGUGUACAGGCUCAGGUGCAUAAACAGCUGGUGCUGUGUUAUGUGGAUAUUCCGCCUCCGCUAAAAAGCGAGGCUAACGACACGGCCAAGGCCAAGGAUGUUGACAUUGGCAUGUUACUCUCGAAGUACAAAAUAAGGGAUGUCAAUGUCCGGAGGUGGACUCCAAAUCGGAGCAGGGAUUGA